GCCGCCCCCCCCUCCGCCCCUCCGGCCGUCGUGUGAGGAGGCGAGGCGUCCCCGGGCCCCCGCGCGCCCCGGGGCCAGCAUGACCAGCGCGGUGGUGGAAGACGAGGCCCAGUUCUACACCAAGGCGGAGAAGUACUGGAAGGACGUCCCGCCCACGGUGGACGGCAUGCUGGGGGGGUACGGCCACAUCUCCAGCAUCGACAUCAACAGCUCCAAGAAGUUCCUGCAGCGGUUCCUGAGGGAGGGCCCGAACCGAACGGGAACCACCUGCGCUUUGGACUGCGGGGCCGGGAUCGGGCGCAUCACCAAGCGGCUGCUCUUACCCUUAUUCGAAAUGGUGGACAUGGUGGAUGUGACGGAGGAUUUUCUGACUAAGGCCAAGACCUAUUUGGGAGAGGAGGGCAAGCGGGUAAGGAACUAUUUCUGCUGUGGCCUGCAGGACUUCAGCCCCGAGCCUAACUCGUACGAUGUCAUCUGGAUCCAGUGGGUGAUAGGUCACCUGACGGACGAGCACCUGGCCGACUUCCUGCGGCGGUGCAAGCUGGGCCUGAGGCCCAACGGCAUCGUCGUCAUCAAAGACAACAUGGCCCAGGAGGGCGUGAUCAUGGACGACGUGGACAGCAGCGUGUGCCGGGACCUGGAGGUGGUGCGCGGGAUCGUCCGCCUGGCGGGCCUCGACCUCCUGGCCGAGGAGCGGCAGGAGAACUUCCCCGACGAGAUCUACCACGUCUACAGCUUCGCCCUGAGAUGAGGCCCCGCCCGGGGGGGGAGAGGACCCGACGGACCGGCUAGGUACGACGGGGCCGGGGAGCCGGGGCGGGGGGCCGCCCCCCUCUCGCCGCCCGGGCGGCGGAGAGCCGAGCCGGCUCCGCGGAUCCGCGGGCUCUCUCCCGGGGUUUUAAAAAAGCGAAACAGAAAACCCCCGCCUAGGCUGCCGUGAUCCCGGGAGGGGGACUCGCACCUCGCCCUUUCCCAGCUCCGGGGGCUGCGCGGCCAGAGCCCGAGGGGGCUGGAGCUCUCGGCCUCCCCAAGGAGCGGCUCAGGCCCCCCCCCCCCCCCCCCCCCCCGACGGGGGCGAGGGAGACCCGGCGGCCUGUCGGUCUCCCCGCUCUCUGUGCCUUUACCGCCGUCCCCUCGGAAAUAAAAAGCGAAUUCACGUGA